AUGAGCAACCCAAGAGCAAGCUCACCCACACCAAGCUUGACGAAUACCCUAGAAUCCAUAAUGGUUCAAUUAAAACUUAUCCAAGAUACGCAAACUCAAAUGCAGGGAACUCUACGGACACUGCAGGAGAGAAUCGAAACUACUGAUCGAACAUUCGAAGUGGAAACGAGCGUAUUUCGACGAGCAUUCGCCUCGCUAGGAAUCAACGCACUUUCUGAUGGAGCAGGCAUCACUGAAGACGAUGACGAAGAAUAUCGCGAGGUACGACCAUCCGUACCGUUACCAAGGAACGGACCAGCAGCCCAGCAAGAACAAAGCACGUUGAGCAGAGCCAACGAAAUACUUCGCACCAUCAAGAUCCUACGAGGUAAGGGCGACAUGGGAGUGGCAGAAUUUAUCAAACAGGUAAAGUUUGUCCGUACCACCUGUAGCGAACCAGUCAUCCUGCUAAAACUCAUUAUGACGGAAAAAGUCACCAAAAAUGCAGGACGAUGUAUUCGAUACCACAAUAUCGAAACAUACGAACAACUGUACCAAGCUUUAAGAACACAGGUGUCUACACCAGUUACCACCAACGGCUGCCGCAACAAACUGCUUUCCACCAGACAAGGAUUCGGAGAAUCAGUAACGCAGUACAGUCUAAGAUUCCGACAAGCACUGAGCGAACUUCUCUAUGCAGUUCAAGCGAAGCAUUCUAACGCCACCGCGCGACGCAUUGCCAUCGCAGAAGAAGAAGAAGAAGCAAUCCGCACGUACACUAUGAAUCUUCAAGAAAAGAUCGGAACUAUGGUCAUAGCGGCCAACCCAAAAACGUUAACCGAAGCACAAUCAAAAGCAACCGACAUCGAACUUUGGACUCGAGACAGAAACUCGCGUAACAACUCUACCACAAAACCAGCUGUCAUUAACCGCCCACCUCAACCAACUAGUCAUAUCCCACGACCAAACCUUGCCCUUAACAAACAAUCGGGAAGAUUAGAUCAACCACUACAAAAAGUUUCAACAGCGACAGAACGGAAAACUCCCACCGCGCGUGAAUCACCUAAACGAAGUAACACAGACCGACACAGUGACAGAAACAAAACAGUACGACGAGAUACAGCAAGAAUACACUACAUACCAGGGAAAUUACGACACAUACAAUGCAAACGAGACACUACAGGAAGAAUGCGACGAUUUUUACUCGACACUGGAGCAGGAGUAAAUCUCAUAAUAGAACGCGACGCCCCGACAAAACUAAAACUUAAAGAAACCAGAUAUAUUCAACUAGGACGAGAUAAACAUCCUAUCCAUUACAUGACACACGUUCUCUUCCUACAAAUCAAACACCCUUUCCUAAUAAUACCGAACGACUUCCCACUAAUAGAAGACGGAAUAUUCGGACUGCCAUUCCUCGAAAAAUAUCAGUUCAAAAUUACUAACGAAUCUCUAACAUUAAACGGUACUACCAUAAAAUUACAGGAAACACCCGAGGAAAUAGAGGUACAGCCAGGCAAACAUGUACAUCACAUAAAAAUUGUUGACGAUCAUCCUUGCCGCGUAUUGUUCAUCAACACUGGUAAGCAACCUUUGAUCACGUCUACUAUUGAAUCAAAAGUUUCAAACUCUAAUCGAAUACCUCAACUUAUCGACAAAUUACGGCUUAAUCAUGUCGAUAAAAAUUACCGCGACACAAUCGAAAAAAUUAUAGCAACGUAUAACAAAGUUUUUACCUUAGACUCAGAUCCCUUACCCUGUGCCUCCCUUACCCAACAUGAGAUCACUCUAAAAAAUCCUCGGCCCAUUAACAUCAAGUCCUACAGACCAUCAGAAUGCCAUAAAACAGAAAUCAACCGACAGAUUCAAGAAAUGUUAAACAAAAAUAUCAUAGAACCGUCAGACUCCCCUUUUAACUCUCCGAUAUGGGUAGUUCCCAAAAAACUAGACGCAUCAGGCAAAAAGAAAUGGAGAAUCGACUUUCGCAAACUAAACGAACAAACGGAACAAGACGCGUAUCCUCUACCCAACGCCGACGAAAUAAUUCAGCAACUUGGUAAUGCAAAAUUCUUUUCUGCACUCGAUCUAUCCGCUGGAUUCCACUAA